CCAUCACAGCUAAAAAAGCUUCCAUUCAGAGGGUCCUAUUGAGCGUGCCUAAGAUCUCUUGUAUCUCUUAUUUCGUCCUUUCCUAAUCCUAGGGUUUCAAUUUUGAGCUUCUUUGAAUCGGAAUUCUAAUUUUACGGUUUUAAGGCUUUGUUUGUUUGUUAGAUCGAUUCUGGGUUUUGGUUUUGGUGAUGGCUGGGAUGUGUUGUGGAGUUAUUAGUGAUACUGAGACCUCAACGCCAGUGGUUGAGGCGAGUUCGCGGAAGGCGAGGAGGCGAAGAAUGGAGAUUCACCAGUUCAAGUUCGUCGCCGAUGUGCCCGUGCCGCCGCCGAAGAACUGUCGGAAACGUCAGAAGCUGGAGGUUUUUGUUCCGCCGGCGCCGUCGCGUGAGUGCGAAAACGCUGUUCAGAACUGUAACACUAAGGGAAAGGAAGUGGUUGAGAAUGGAGAAUAUUCAGAGACAACGUCUCUGAAUCUGUCGACGCCUCCGACGCCGUCUGUGACAAAUGAACGGGAGGUAGUUCCGGUGUGUCCGAAGUUUGGGAUGAAGUCUGUGUGUGGAAGGAGGAGGGACAUGGAAGACGCUGUCGCGAUCCAUCCGUCGUUUUCUAGCCGGAAUUUUCAUUUCUUCGGCGUUUACGAUGGCCACGGUUGCUCCCAUGUGGCGAUGAAGUGCAGAGAUCGAUUGCACGAAAUAGUGAAAGACGAGCUUGAAGGCAGCGAAGAAGUUUCAUGGAAGGAUAUGAUGGAGAAGAGCUUCUCGCACAUGGACAACGAGGUCACUGAAUGGUGCAGAACUGCCGGUCCUUCAACCUCGAAUUGCAGGUGCGAGCUUCAAACUCCGCAGUGCGACGCCGUCGGAUCCACGGCGGUUGUCGCCGUCGUGACGCCUAAAAAGAUCGUCGUCUCUAACUGCGGCGAUUCUCGUGCCGUGCUUUGCCGGAACGGCGUCGCAAUUCCACUCUCCUCCGAUCACAAGCCUGAUCGACCUGACGAGCUUGUUCGAAUACAAAAUGCUGGUGGUCGUGUUAUAUACUGGGAUGGUGCUAGGGUUCUUGGAGUCUUAGCAAUGUCCAGAGCAAUAGGUGAUAGUUAUUUGAAGCCGUACGUGAUACCGGAACCGGAGGUAACAGUAACGGAGCGGACGGCGGAGGACGAGUGCCUGAUACUGGCGAGCGACGGGCUGUGGGACGUGGUGUCGAACGACACCGCGUGUAACGUGGCGCGCAUGUGCCUGCGGUCUCAGAAGCCACCGUCGCCGCCGCAGUCCCCUGGUUGCGACCUCGGAGCGGCUGCCGGAGGUGAGAGUUCCGAUAAGGCUUGCUCGGACGCCUCGAUUCUGCUGGCGAAGUUGGCGUUGGCCAGGAACAGCGCUGAUAACGUGAGUGUCGUCGUCGUCGAUUUGAGGCGGGACUUGUAGUUGCCGAUGGGAUGGUCACAUUCCCUUUUCUUUUUUUUUUUCUUUCUUUUUUUAAUUUUAGUUUUGUUUAAUUUAUUAGUUUCAGAAAUUUUACAUAUAUCAGCGUUGUUUGUAGCCAUCCGGCAUAUCCUUCAAAAAGAAAAGGAAUGAAAAAGGAGGUGCAUAUUUCGUUCUCA